UUCUGAUAUAUGUUGGGUACCAUAGAGUGAAUCUCAGAACAGGAAGCGGAUACAUAAGCAGAGAGGAUUCUGGAAAGGUCCCUUUGUUUUCAAGUCCACAGAGAAAGCAAGAAAAAAAAAAUAGAAUUUAAUUUGCAAAUCCCUGUGGCCCAAAUCUGAAGAACUGCAGGGGGUGGCACGUUCCAUUCUAACCAUCUUGGAUGCUGGCCUUUGUUGAGCUGUGAUUCCUAAGGCUCUCCAUCAGAUUAUGGUGUAAGAUCGCUGAAGUCAAGCACACCAGAGUUAGUCAGCAAUGACAUAUCUGUCAAGGAUUCGUGGCAGAGUGACUUACUGGGGAAAAAACACAGAAUCCCUUCUAGGGAUAUUGUAAGAACAAAUGAGAUAAUUCCCAGAAGGGGCCUGGAGCUUUUCCAAACAGAGCUGCUGUGAAUCUCAAAGGCAAUUCUUAUGCAAGAAGCUAAACGUAAUUAAAUGUGCAGGAUGAAAAGAUGGCCCAGGCACUGCUGGUACCCCCAGGACCUGAGAGCUUCCGCCUUUUCACGCGAGAAUCCCUUGCCGCUAUUGAAAAGCGUGCUGCAGAAGAGAAAGCCAAGAAACCCAAGAAAGAACAAGACAUUGACGAUGAGAACAAACCAAAGCCAAACAGUGACUUGGAAGCUGGGAAGAACCUUCCUUUUAUCUAUGGAGACAUUCCUCCAGAGAUGGUGUCAGAGCCCCUGGAGGACCUGGACCCCUACUAUGUCAGUAAGAAAACUUUUGUGGUGUUGAAUAAAGGGAAGGCAAUUUUUCGAUUCAGUGCCACCUCCGCCUUGUACAUUUUAACGCCGCUAAACCCUGUUAGGAAAAUUGCUAUUAAGAUUUUGGUACACUCUUUAUUCAGCAUGCUUAUCAUGUGCACUAUUUUGACCAACUGUGUAUUUAUGACAUUGAGUAAUCCUCCAGACUGGACAAAGAAUGUAGAGUAUACAUUCACUGGGAUCUAUACCUUUGAGUCCCUUAUAAAAAUUUUGGCAAGAGGGUUUUGCUUAGAAGAUUUCACAUUCCUUCGUGACCCAUGGAACUGGCUGGAUUUCAGUGUCAUCGUGAUGGCAUAUGUGACAGAGUUUGUGGACCUGGGCAAUGUCUCAGCGUUGAGAACGUUCAGAGUUCUCCGAGCAUUGAAAACAAUUUCGGUCAUUCCAGGUUUAAAGACCAUCGUGGGGGCCCUGAUCCAGUCGGUGAAGAAGCUGUCUGACGUCAUGAUCCUCACUGUGUUCUGUCUCAGUGUCUUUGCACUAAUUGGGCUGCAGCUGUUCAUGGGCAACCUGAGGAAUAAAUGUUUGCAGUGGCCCCCUAGUGAUUCUGCUUUUGAAACUAACACUACUUCCUAUUUCAAUGGCACGAUGGAUUCAAAUGGGACAUUUGUCAAUGUAACAGUGAGCACAUUCAACUGGAAGGAUUACAUCGCAGAUGACAGCCACUUUUAUGUGUUGGAUGGACAGAAAGACCCUUUGCUCUGUGGAAAUGGCUCUGAUGCAGGACAAUGUCCAGAAGGAUACAUCUGUGUGAAAGCUGGAAGAAACCCCAACUAUGGCUACACAAGUUUUGACACAUUUAGCUGGGCCUUCUUAUCUCUGUUUCGACUCAUGACUCAAGAUUACUGGGAGAAUCUUUACCAGUUGACAUUACGUGCAGCUGGGAAGACCUACAUGAUAUUUUUUGUCCUGGUGAUUUUCUUGGGCUCUUUUUAUUUGGUGAACUUGAUCCUGGCUGUGGUGGCCAUGGCCUAUGAGGAGCAGAAUCAGGCCACCUUGGAGGAGGCUGAACAGAAAGAGGCAGAGUUUCAGCAGAUGUUGGAGCAGCUUAAGAAGCAGCAAGAGGAAGCCCAGGCAGUGGCUGCAGCCUCGGCAGCAUCGAGAGACUUCAGUGGGAUAGGAGGGUUAGGAGAACUGUUGGAGAGUUCUUCAGAAGCUUCCAAGUUAAGCUCCAAGAGUGCCAAGGAGUGGAGGAACCGGAGAAAGAAGAGGAGACAGAGGGAGCACUUGGAAGGAAACCACAGAACCGAUGGGGACAGGUUUCCCAAGUCAGAAUCCGAAGACAGUGUCAAGCAAAGAAGCUUCCUGUUCUCGCUGGAUGGGAACCGGCUAACGGGCGACAAGAAGCUGUGCUCUCCCCACCAGUCUCUCUUGAGUAUCCGUGGCUCCCUGUUUUCCCCAAGACGCAAUAGCAAAACGAGCAUUUUCAGCUUCAGAGGCCGGACGAAGGACGUGGGGUCUGAAAAUGACUUUGCGGAUGAUGAGCACAGCACCUUUGAAGAUAGCGAGAGCAGGAGAGACUCGCUGUUUGUGCCGCACAGACCUGGAGAGCGACGCAACAGUAACGUUAGUCAGGCCAGUAUGUCAUCCAGGAUGGUGCCAGGGCUUCCAGCAAAUGGGAAGAUGCACAGCACUGUGGAUUGCAAUGGUGUGGUUUCCUUGGUGGGUGGACCGUCAGCUCUUACGUCACCUACUGGACAACUUCCGCCAGAGGGCACCACCACUGAAACCGAAGUCAGGAAGAGAAGGCUAAGCUCUUACCAGAUUUCAAUGGAAAUGCUGGAGGACUCCUCUGGAAGACAGAGAGCCAUGAGCAUAGCCAGCAUCCUGACCAACACCAUGGAGGAACUUGAAGAAUCUAGACAGAAGUGUCCACCGUGCUGGUAUAGAUUUGCCAAUGUGUUUUUGAUCUGGGACUGCUGCGAUGCAUGGCUAAAAGUGAAGCAUCUUGUGAAUUUAAUUGUGAUGGAUCCAUUUGUUGAUCUUGCCAUAACAAUUUGUAUUGUAUUAAAUACCCUAUUUAUGGCCAUGGAGCACUAUCCCAUGACUGAGCAGUUCAGCAGUGUGUUGACUGUGGGAAACCUGGUGUUCACUGGGAUCUUCACAGCCGAAAUGGUCCUAAAAAUCAUAGCCAUGGAUCCCUAUUACUAUUUCCAAGAGGGAUGGAAUAUCUUUGAUGGAAUCAUUGUUAGCCUGAGUUUAAUGGAGCUUGGCCUGGCAAAUGUGGAGGGGCUGUCUGUGCUCCGUUCCUUCAGACUGCUGCGAGUCUUCAAGUUGGCAAAGUCCUGGCCCACACUGAAUAUGCUCAUCAAGAUCAUCGGCAAUUCGGUGGGCGCACUGGGAAACCUGACCCUGGUGUUGGCCAUCAUUGUCUUCAUUUUUGCCGUGGUCGGCAUGCAGCUGUUUGGAAAGAGCUACAAGGAGUGUGUCUGCAAAAUCAAUGAGGAUUGCACGCUCCCGCGCUGGCACAUGAAUGACUUCUUCCACUCCUUCCUGAUCGUGUUCCGAGUGUUGUGUGGAGAGUGGAUAGAGACCAUGUGGGACUGCAUGGAGGUCGCUGGCCAGACCAUGUGCCUCAUUGUAUUCAUGUUGGUCAUGGUGAUUGGGAACCUCGUGGUUCUGAACCUCUUUCUGGCCUUACUGUUGAGUUCCUUUAGCUCAGACAACCUUGCUGCUACUGAUGAUGAUAACGAGAUGAACAACCUUCAGAUUGCAGUGGGAAGGAUGCAGAAGGGAAUUGAUUUUGUGAAAAACAAGAUACGGGAAUGCUUCCGAAAAACCUUUUUUAGAAAGCCCAAAGUCAUAGAAAUCCAUGAAGGCAACAAAAUAGACAGCUGCAUGUCCAAUAACACCGGCAUUGAAAUAAGUAAAGAGCUUAAUUAUCUUAAAGAUGGUAAUGGAACCACCAGUGGUGUAGGUACCGGAAGCAGUGUUGAAAAAUAUGUAAUCGAUGAAAAUGAUUACAUGUCAUUCAUAAACAACCCCAGUCUCACUGUGACAGUGCCCAUUGCUGUGGGGGAGUCUGACUUUGAAAAUUUAAAUACGGAAGAGUUUAGCAGCGAGUCAGAACUAGAAGAAAGCAAAGAGAAAUUAAAUGCAACCAGUUCUUCUGAAGGAAGCACAGUUGAUGUUGCUCCACCCCGAGAAGGUGAACAAGCUGAAAUUGAACCUGAGGAAGACCUUAAACCAGAAGCUUGCUUUACUGAAGGGUGUAUUAAAAAAUUUCCCUUCUGCCAAGUAAGUACAGAAGAAGGCAAAGGGAAGAUCUGGUGGAAUCUGAGGAAGACUUGCUACAGCAUUGUGGAACACAAUUGGUUUGAGACAUUCAUUGUCUUCAUGAUUCUUCUCAGCAGUGGUGCUUUGGCCUUUGAAGACAUAUAUAUCGAGCAGCGAAAGACCAUCAAGACCAUGCUGGAAUAUGCUGACAAGGUCUUCACCUACAUCUUCAUCCUGGAGAUGCUUCUCAAAUGGGUGGCCUAUGGGUUUCAAACCUAUUUCACCAAUGCCUGGUGCUGGCUGGACUUCUUGAUUGUUGAUGUUUCUUUGGUUAGCCUGGUGGCCACUGCCCUCGGUUACUCAGAACUUGGUGCCAUCAAAUCCCUACGGACCCUGAGAGCGCUGAGGCCUCUCCGUGCCUUAUCCCGCUUUGAAGGCAUGAGGGUGGUUGUGAACGCUCUUGUUGGAGCAAUCCCCUCUAUCAUGAACGUACUACUGGUGUGUCUCAUCUUCUGGUUGAUCUUUAGUAUCAUGGGUGUGAAUCUGUUUGCUGGAAAGUUCUACCACUGUGUUAACAUGACAACAGGCAACAUGUUUGACAUGAGUGAAGUCAACAAUUUCAGUGACUGUCAGGCUCUUGGCAAGCAAGCCCGGUGGAAAAAUGUGAAAGUCAACUUUGACAAUGUUGGGGCAGGCUACCUAGCAUUGCUGCAAGUGGCCACAUUCAAGGGAUGGAUGGAUAUUAUGUAUGCAGCUGUUGAUUCACGGGAUGUCAAACUUCAGCCUGUAUAUGAAGAAAAUCUAUAUAUGUAUUUAUACUUUGUCAUCUUCAUCAUCUUUGGAUCAUUCUUCACUUUAAAUUUGUUCAUCGGUGUCAUCAUAGACAACUUCAACCAGCAAAAGAAAAAGUUUGGAGGUCAAGACAUCUUUAUGACAGAAGAACAGAAAAAAUAUUACAAUGCAAUGAAGAAACUUGGCUCCAAAAAACCCCAGAAGCCCAUCCCUCGGCCAGCAAACAAAAUUCAAGGGAUGGUCUUUGAUUUUGUAACCAGGCAAGUCUUUGACAUCAGUAUCAUGAUCCUCAUCUGCCUCAACAUGGUCACUAUGAUGGUGGAAACUGAUGACCAGAGCAAAUACAUGACCCUGGUCUUGUCCCGAAUCAACCUGGUGUUCAUCGUCCUGUUCACUGGGGAGUUUGUGCUGAAGCUCAUCUCUCUCAGAUACUACUAUUUCACUAUUGGUUGGAACAUCUUUGACUUUGUGGUGGUGAUUCUCUCAAUUGUAGGAAUGUUUCUCGCCGAGCUGAUAGAGAAGUACUUUGUGUCCCCUACCCUGUUCCGAGUUAUCCGCCUGGCCAGGAUUGGCCGAAUUCUACGCCUGAUCAAAGGCGCCAAGGGGAUCCGCACGCUGCUCUUUGCUCUGAUGAUGUCUCUUCCUGCGCUGUUCAACAUCGGCCUCCUGCUUUUCCUGGUCAUGUUCAUCUAUGCCAUCUUCGGGAUGUCUAACUUUGCCUACGUUAAAAAGGAAGCUGGAAUUGAUGACAUGUUCAACUUUGAGACCUUCGGCAACAGCAUGAUCUGCCUGUUCCAAAUCACCACCUCCGCAGGCUGGGAUGGGCUGCUGGCCCCCAUCCUCAACAGUGCACCUCCUGACUGUGACCCGGAUGCAAUUCACCCAGGAAGCUCAGUGAAGGGAGACUGUGGGAACCCAUCCGUGGGGAUUUUCUUUUUUGUCAGCUACAUCAUCAUAUCCUUCCUGGUUGUGGUGAACAUGUACAUCGCGGUCAUCCUGGAGAACUUCAGCGUUGCCACUGAAGAAAGUGCAGAACCCCUGAGUGAGGACGACUUUGAGAUGUUCUAUGAGGUCUGGGAGAAGUUCGACCCUGACGCCACACAGUUCAUAGAGUUCUGCAAGCUGUCUGACUUUGCUGCUGCCCUCGAUCCUCCCCUUCUCAUCGCAAAGCCAAACAAAGUCCAGCUCAUUGCCAUGGAUCUGCCCAUGGUGAGCGGAGACCGCAUCCACUGCCUGGACAUCUUAUUUGCUUUUACAAAGCGGGUGUUGGGUGAGAGUGGGGAGAUGGAUGCCCUUCGAAUCCAGAUGGAAGAUCGGUUCAUGGCGUCCAACCCCUCCAAAGUCUCUUAUGAACCAAUCACCACCACUUUGAAACGCAAACAAGAGGAGGUGUCUGCUGCUAUCAUUCAGCGCAACUACAGAUGUUACCUUUUAAAGCAAAGGUUAAAAAACAUAUCAAAUAAAUACGACAAAGAGACAAUCAAGGGGAGGAUUGACUUGCCUAUAAAAGGAGAUAUGGUUAUUGACAAAUUAAAUGGGAAUUCCACCCCAGAAAAGACAGAUGGAAGUUCCUCUACCACCUCUCCUCCUUCCUAUGAUAGUGUAACAAAUCCAGACAAGGAGAAGUUUGAGAAAGACAAACCAGAAAAAGAAAGCAAAGGGAAAGUGGUCAGAGGAAAUCAAAAGUAAAAAGAAACAAACAUCUUUGUAAUCAAUUGUUUACAGCCUCUGAAGGUAAAAACGUAUGUGUCAACUGGACUCCAAGGAGAAGUCCAUGCCAAACUGACUGUUUCAACAAAUACUGAAGGUCAGUGCCUAUACCAGAUAGUGGCCUCUGUCGCUGCCACUCUGUGAGACAGGGUAUCAUCAUUGACAGGAGGUUGCUGCUUCCAUUACCAGCUGACACUGCUGAGGAGAACUCCAUUGUGAAGGUGACCAUCAUAACACCACCAAACACCAUUAGUACAGCACUCCCAUCCACUCUAUUUUUAACAUUCACAUUUGCCAUAUUUUUACAAAAUAUGUCCCAGUGGGUCUUCCUGAUCCCUGAUUCAUAGUCUGUUCAUAAUACUAUGUCACUAUUUUUGUAAGUGUGGUUUAUGUUAAGGGAAA